AUGUCUUCAAAAGGUGGAGGUGAUGAUAUUAAAUUGGAGAUUGAACGAAGAAAAGAGGAAAUAAGGAGGAAGAAGGAAGCUCUGGAGGCAUACAAGAAUAAGAAAUCUGCCUCAGGACAAAAAGUGUCUUUCAUUGAGGGAUUAGUGCCUCCGAGAUCAGCACAACCUCAACAAACUCCAACAGAAUUGGAAGAUAAACAAGAGAAAAUAUCUACUGCUGUGGAUGAUUCUAAAAUAUCAAAACAAUCUGUUGUGCCCUUAGUGGAUACUAAAAAAGCAGCAGCAAUACAAAGAGGCGAAUUAUUUGAUAUUACGAAUAAUGGAACGAUAAUUUCAGAAGUUGGAGGAGAGUCGAAAAUGAUUUAUGAAAAAUCGUCACAAACCGAUAGGGAAUUCGAGGAACAAACAGUUGCAAAAAUAAUUGAGGUAGGACCAAAUACAAAACAAGGAAUUAAUGUGGACGACUUGAUUGUCACUGACGAUUCUGAUUUUACAAUACCAGCAGAAUACCUUACUAGUAUUGAGACAGUCAAGGAAGAGAAAUUGGAACAAGAGGAUAUUGAAAAGAAGUACAAAGAAAUUUCAUCGACUAAGGAAUUCCAAGAAUUCUUUUUCAAGGCUUCAAGAUUUGUUGAAAAGUGUGUCAGACAGCCCUUUGAUCCUUUGUUGGAUUAUGCAGAUGAUUUCACCAACAGCUUCCAAGUUUCAAAAUCUGAAAAAGUUAAUUUGGAAACAACAUUUUUCGAUCAAAAUAUUUGCCAACAGAAAGCUGUCACUAGCUUAUCGUGGUCCCCUAAAUUUGAGGAGUUGUUCCUAGCAACAUAUUGCAGUAGUGAUGUUUUGCACGAAAAUGAAGGUUUGGUACUUGUUUGGAAUCAACAUUAUGCAAGAAAACCUGAGCUUCAUCUUCAUUGUGAAACUCCAAUUAGUACAGCUCAAUUUUACUCAUAUAAUCCAAGCUUGGUGAUAGGAGGAACAUACACUGGUCAGAUAGUUGUUUGGGAUAUUAGAGAAAAAACCUCAGCUCCUGUUAUUAGAACUGCCAUUAGCUCAAGAAGCCAUACUGAGCCAAUCUUUGGUAUGGAAAUUGUUGGAAGUUCUGAAGCAGGUCACAAUCUUGUGACAAUGAGUACUGAUGGAAGAAUUUGCACUUGGUCGAUGAACAAGUUGGACACACCACCAGAAGUUGUUGAUCUAACCAUAACUAAAUACGAGCAGCAAGAAAAUUCAACACCAACCAAUCCAGUAGAAUUGAUUCAAGGAUUAGAACGUAAUUCAGUAUAUGCACCAACCUCAAUUUUGUCCCAAGUAAUGAAAUUCCCAAAGGGAGAAAUUAAUAGAUUCUAUGUUGGUAGCGAGAAUGGAAUAAUCUACUCUGCAGAUAGGUUUGGAAGUAAGAAAGGACUCAAUACUGACAAAUAUCAAGGUCACUUGGCUCCUAUUACCUCACUUGAUUCACAUCCAACGAUGGAAUUCUCAGAUUUGCUAAUUUCAUCGAGUAUGGAUUGGACUUGUAAAUUGUGGUGUCAAAGAAAGCAAACAUCCCUAAUUUCAUUUGAUGAAUUUGAAGAUUAUGUGUACGAUGUGAAAUGGUCACCUCAAAAUCCAUCCUUAUUUGCAGCAGUUGAUGGAGCUGGUAUUUUGAGUCUUUGGAAUAUUAAUAUUGAUCAAGAAAUGCCUAUUUACAAAACAUCUGUUUGUUCAUCAGCAUUGAAUAAGUUAGAAUGGUCAAGAGAUGGCAAGAGAUUAGUGACAGGAUCACUAUCUGGAAGUGUGUAUAUGUAUAAUAUUGAUGAAGAAAUUGGAAUACCUAAACAAAAGGAAUUAGAAACUAAAUUAUUGGAAUCUGUAAUAGUUGAUUUAGUGGCAGCUGAUACUCUAUAA